AUGUAUUUCAGCGCCACGAUACCCAACAGCGCCUCAAGUAACAUAGCAUACCAAGACACAAUCGUCGAGAACCUCACCACUUUGAGUUCGACCAAUUCCGAUACCGAAGAUGGCAUCAUCAGAGGCCUUCUCUACGUCCCCGAUCUCGCUGUCGCGAAUCCAUGUUACCAGCAGCAGUACGACAUCAUCCCCCGAAACGCAACCACCCAGGCAGCUUUACCUCCCACAAACUACAACCUCAUCGCCCUAGCACCAUGGUUCAACGCCACCUGUACUCUGGCGUAUCUCGCCUCUGCCCGACUCGAUCCGAUCCGUGCCUUCAUUUUUUACAGGCCAAACAAUUCAACGAGAGAACCCCAGGGCGCCGAUUCGCCAAUAUGGGAUCUCGACGACAACGACGCAUGGCGGACCCAGAACCGCUUCCCAAUCUUCGCCGUUCCCGGCGCCCAAGGCAACAAGAUGAUGCGCCAACUCAGUCUAUACUCUGGAAAUCUAUCGUCAAUACCGUACGGAGACCAGAUUCAGGACAUAUAUGACCCCCACGACAACGAUUAUUGCAAAGAAGACGAAGAAUAUCACUACGAAGGAGAGUGUUGA